AUGACUUCACGAAUUGUUGUGGGAGUGCUUGCCCUCCAGGGUGCGUUUGCAGAACAUAUCGUGCUGCUCCGCAAGGCAGCCGGCACGUGCUCCGACCCAUCUUUGAACUACGAAUUCAUCGAAGUCAGGACUCCGGCGGAGCUGGCACGAUGUGAUGCACUGGUGCUACCCGGAGGCGAGAGUACCGCCAUAUCGUUGAUUGCGGAGCGAACGGGUCUAUUGGAACCGCUACGGGAUUUUGUAAAGGUUCAGAGAAAGCCGGUAUGGGGCACCUGUGCGGGCUUGAUUCUGCUGGCAGAAAGUGCCAACAAGUCCAAGGCCACCGGCCAGGAGCUCAUCGGCGGCCUCGACGUUCGCGUACAUCGCAACUACUUUGGGCGGCAAGUGGAGAGUUUCGAGGCUGACCUCGACCUGGUCUUCCUCCCGAACCAGCCACGUUUCCGCUCCGUCUUCAUCAGAGCCCCGGUCGUAGAGAAGAUCCUCGAGCCGGCAUCAACGUCGGAGCCGACACUGGAAACACUGACGGCGGACUUGGCCCUCACCGCUACCACGGUCCUUGCUCCACCACGACAAUCAACCACAUCGCCCGUUGAGAUCAUGUGUCGAUUACCCGGUCGAGCUCGAGCACUUCGUGACAAGUCUAUCACAGCCGAAGAUCUUGGCGAGGAUGGCGAUAUCGUCGCGGUCAGGCAGGGGAACGUGUUUGGUAUGGCGUUCCAUCCGGAGCUGACCGGAGAUGAGCGCAUUCAUGCCUGGUGGUUGCAGGAGGUCGUUCGGCUCAAAUCGACUGUCGAUGUAUGA